AUGAGCAGCAACGUUGAUGUCGUCGUCGACGUCGACGUCUCUCCGCUCUUCCAAGCACUUUCCAACGAUCGUACUGCUUCUCAACUACCUCAAGAAUCUUCUACUAUUUUUUCUGCUUCCAAUGCAACCCCUGACACGUCGAACACGGCAAUAAUUGCGCCACAAGAUGGAAAUAGCCACAGCCACAUGCUCACUUGUCAGCAUACCCAUGUUCAUUCUCUGCCUCUGGAGCAACCGUCAAUGACACCGAUAGAAGAAAUGUUUACAUGUGCAAAACAGAAUAAUUUGGCGCAGUUUGUGCUAUUGGUGGCUCAAUAUGGUGAUGAAUUGGCGCGUGAACGACGUGAUGCGCAAGGCCACACAAUCGCCCAUUGGGCGGCCCAGAAAGCUAAUGGAGAGUUUUUGCAGUAUUUACACUCGAUAGGAGCCCCCAUUGAUUCUCCUAGUGAGGAUGGAAGAGCCCAGCUGCAUCCUAUUCAUUGGGCUUGUGCAGCAGGAAACUUGAGUGCGUUGCGGACACUUGUGCUGAGACUUGGGGUGGAUAUUAACACGUGCGAUGCCAAGAAACAUCGAUCACCGUUGCUGGUGGCUGCUCAGAAUGGACAUCCUUUGUUAGUGUUAUUUUGUGUGAGAAAUGGAGCGGAUGUGACGCUCGUAGAUGAUGAUGGAGACACGGCAGUGCAUUGGGCAGCGUAUAAAGGAGCGACGGAGAUUGUGGCGGUGUUCCAGUAUCUUCAAUUAAGCUCUGACGCACCCGACAAGUUUGGUCAAACCCCUUUACAUCUUGCUGCAAUGAGAGGAAAAUUGGAUACUGUGCAGUUUUUAGUAGAGACUCUUGAUGCCGAUGUUAUGGCCCUGGAUGCAAAAAAACGAACACCAAGAGACUUAGCACAAUUAAAGCAUUUUCGUGAGGUUGUACGAUACCUCAAGCAGCGUGAAGUGCGAGUUGCAGCGUGGAACGUUGCGGCAUUCACAUGGUGGUGUGACCCUGGCAGUCGGGCACCGUAUUACUUCACAGUGCUCAAUGCGGUAGCUGCCGCACUAGUUUACUUGUUCCUCCUGCUGCCGGCUAUGCCAGACAGACGCAAUUUCAUCGUGCCGCAUUUGGUAUGGGAUGCAGCAACCUGGUACUUUUUCUAUCGCACUGUCACGACCAAGCCCGGUAGUGCUGUAGACGACAGCAAGGAGUAUGCGGUAGCGUACAAAAAGGUCACUGAAGCCCUCAUAGGUGGCGACGAUGACGAUGGAGAGGAAGAAAAAAAUAAAGAGAAAGCCAGUGCGCGCGCUCAACAAGAAUGCAUGGAGCGCCCGUUGUGUCACACUUGCCACAUCCAAAGACCUCUCAGAUCCAAGCACUGCCGCAUAUGCAAGACUUGUGUUCCUGUUUUCGACCACCACUGCCCAUUUGUAGACAAUUGCGUGGGACGCGAUAACUACGCAGCAUUCCUGUUAUUUGUGACAUUUUUGACCUUCGACCUAGUUGGAAUGGAGUAUGUUCUCUAUCUGCUAUGGUGUCACCAUCACGACAUGCGCGUCUACGCAAUGGUGGGCAUGAUUUACCUGCUGCUUUUGUUGCUCCCCGUUGCCCAACUUGCGGGUUUCCACAUUUACCUCACAGCAUUCAAUCGUACUACAAACGAGUUGCUUAACACGGAUCGGUAUCGUUUCCAGCGCGGGGGCCAUUCGCGUUCGUAUGACCGCGGCCUCGUUCGAAAUGUGGGCGAGCGCUGCUUUGGUCUUGGUGAAGAAGCUGUCAACGAUGAUGAUGCUGAAGCAAAGUCAAAGCUUCUUGAUGAGCAGCUUAGCUCAAUUCCUGUCUAA